AUGCCCGUCCUUUCCAAACUGCUUCCCACGCUCACGCUCACCCUGCCCCUCCUCGCAGGCCCGUGCCUCGCGGCCGCUAACCCCAAGCUAUCAAAGAGAUUCACCUUCCCGAUCCCCUCUUCCACCGGCAGUGUAACUUUCUCUGAGCCAUACGAGAUCGCUGCAGGCGAGAUCUACGACGGAGAGCUGCAGACCUUUGGCCGCGGCGUCGAAUGCACUGGCCAGGAUGAAGGUGGCGAGUCUGACACGGUCUUCAUCGUACAGGAAGGCGGCACGCUCAAGAACGCCAUCAUCGGUGCUGACCAGAUCGAGGGCGUGUACUGUCUCGGCGCAUGCACGAUCGAGAAUGUCUGGUGGGAGAAAGUCUGCGAGGAUGCGCUCUCCCUGAAGGAAGGGAGCGGACCCUACGUCGUCACUGGAGGAGGCGCGCAGGGGGCCGAGGACAAGGUCAUCCAGCACAACUCUGAAGGCGAGGUCAUCGUUGACGGAUUCACGGUAUACGACUUUGGCAAACUAUACCGAUCGUGCGGCACAUGCGGCGAUAUCCAGCGCUCAGCGACGAUUACCAACGUCGUUGCCGUAUCAGGGAGCACUAUUGCCGGGGCGAAUGGGAACUUUGGCGAUGUGGUGACCAUUGACAGCUCCAACUGCGCGACGGAUGUCAGUGCCAUCUGCACCACGUACGAAGCCGAUGCCGACGGCGGCGAGCCCGAGGAGGUCUCGACCGAUGUCACCGAGGCUUGUGUGUUUGAGGAAUUGCCCGCUUGCGAGUAG